CGUAGGCUCGAUCAGAAUCUAUAAAUUUGCAAGAGUCUAAUCGUAUUCUUUCAAAAGGAGGAAAUACAACAGUUACAUAAAUGGAACUGGGCACGUAAGGUCACCAAUGUCUAUACACGUGAUUCCAUCUUGAGGAAUUAAUGUCAACUCUUUUUGUAGAAGUGAUAUGAUGCUGCUUGUUUGGGGCAUCGUAUGGAUGACAUUCAAGUCUGUUGUUGUUGCGGGGACUUGCUUCUUUCCGGACCACCUUAAAAACAGCGACUGGCACUACCAAAUAUCAUCUGGAAAUGGUGAAAAGCAAACUCUGCAGUUUAGUGGUGAAGUUUUAUCAGUGAAAGAUGUGCUCGUACCUAGUGAUUCCUACCAGCUCUACUGUGUUGAAAGGCGUGGGGAGCAUGCUUUCUUGUUUGAGUCCCCUUCUGCACAGUCGAAAAAGUACAAAUGUAUUGAAUUUUUAGAAAGAGGCCGGUCCAUUUUGCAGAUGAGAACGUCUUCCUUUUCAGAGAGUCCUAAUGUAUGUAAUGAUGGUAACUUAGUAUUGGAUGAAUGGUUAUUGGUCUCGAAUGAAGAGAUGGCCAAAGAGAUUGGAAGAUGCCCAUUCAGUGGUGGCUUCAAUUUAAAGGUGAGGGAUUCAAAUGGAAAUGCCCAUGGUUGUAAUCAUAUGGAACUUCCAAUGAGACUGGAAAGCGAAUGUAUUGCAGGAGAAGGGAUGACAUUUGACUUCAGAAGAAGCGAAUGCACGUAUUUUGUUCCCAUGAAUAUCUAUCAGAAAACGUAUUGUGUAACAAAUUGGAACACGAGAAAUUUCAUAUUCGUGAUCCUCAAGGCGGUCAAUGGAGACGGAAUAUGGGUUAUGAGGGUACCAAAACGUGAUUUAGGUUAUUAUAAUAGUCGGAUUGUUGUGGAAUUAUUUACAGAUUUGAUUGUAAGUGAAUCAAAUACAAACAGUGUCAUAGAAAAAUCUUAUUCUCUUACAUUAGAGAAGGAAGUGCAACGAAGUUUUUGUGCGGAUGAGUACGAGUCCUGUUCGAAAAGACUAUGUUCCCCCGUAGAUAUUCGCCAGUGUCCCAAAUCAUGUGGAACUUGUGACCCUAACACUGUUCUUCCGAUAUGCUCGUUUCCUCGCAGAUUUUUGGGAGAAUGGUAUUCACAAGACAUUGUUGGCACAAGGAGAAUCAACAUCAGCGAUUCCACUCUUUCAAUAGGCAAUGUUGGACAGUUUUCAUGCGUACAAUUCGACGACUCUCCGUCUCGCUCUACCCGAAUGUUUACAACGGAAUCUGUAUACUACAAUGGUUGCAGACCUCGAUAUACCUGUGUAGCAUUUAAGCGACUGGGUAAGUCUGUUCUGGGGUACAGUAUAAGUCAGAGUUUUGUAUGGCCAAUCACUUUAGAUAGUCCUGGAAGGACUAUUUGUGAUGAAUCUCGUUUUCGGCCUGACGAGGAGCCAGUAAGUGAUCUGUACCACUCAUACGAUAAUUCAUACAAACCAAUAUUGCCAAUUUCAAGAACAUUCAUACCAACAUCGUGCGAUUUGCCUUCCUUAUUUUCACUUACUGCCCAUUUUGAUAGAAAUAGAAGUUGUGUAGGUGAAUUUUAUGAAGAUUGUGCGAACCCUAGGGUAUUCCGACUGGAUUAUCACAACUGCAGAUAUACAUCAGUGACGUCAUAUACGUAUUAUUGCGCAGCAACAUUUAGAGAGAAUUACUGGGAGAAACUUGUGAUUUUACAAAGUGCUACUGUAGCUAAAGAGUCCAAGUGCUUAUCUUUUUCUACAGUUUACCCAGAUCGUGCUUUUCUUCUUCCCACUAGUCAUUGUGACGUGUACGCAUGGCAAUACGUUGAUGCCAAUAUUCGCCAGUCACUUGUUGAGUUCACGAUACGUUCUACCGGUGAAAAAUGUAAGUUUAUACCCACAACAACGACGGUCACUGUGCCGACAACAACGUCCACUAGUCAGGGACUUUCGACUUCCAGACUUCCGGAUAGCCCUCGAACAGGAAAACGGAAACUAGACGUCGCUGUGAAUUCAGCUAUUCAGAGUGAUUCUUAUGAAGCAAAAGACAAAUAUCAAGAAAUGAUAAAAACGACAUUGUCAGCAAUUCAGACUGAAAAAUCCGAAGAUAAUAAUCAUCGCCUCAAAACUGUGGAUGAGAGAAUGCGUGAAACAAGUCAUUCUGAAAUAUGUCGAUCCUCUUUUAUGAAUAUCAUUUUUAUUGGAGUAGUAUUCUUUAAAGGUGUGUUAGAGCUUUUAUAA